AUGUUCGCCAGAUCAGCAGUCCGGACUCUUCAGUCCGCCCAGCCCUUUAAGCAGUCGAUCCGCCGCUACGCAACCGAGCCCAAGCCCUCCGGAUCCGGCAACACCGUCCUUAUCGCCUCCGCCGCCGUCGCCGCCGGUGCUGGCGCCUGGUAUUUCUUCUCCAGCAACCCCGGCGCAGCCGCCAAGGCCGAGGCUAAAGUCAAGGAUGCCGCCAGCUCGGUCACGGGCGCCGCCGCCAAGGCCGCCCUGACCGGUGGUGACCAAGGCUUCGUCAGCCUCAAGCUCGACGACGUCGAGAUCGUCAACCACAACACCAAGCGCUUCCGCUUCAAGCUGCCCGAGGAGGACAUGGUCUCUGGUGUUACAUUCACGAGCGCCAUCCUGACAAAGUACAAGCCCGCGGACGCCGAGAAGCCUGUUAUCCGGCCAUACACCCCCAUCAACGAUGAGGACGCCAAGGGCUACAUGGACUUGCUGGUCAAGAAGUACGAGGGCGGCCCCAUGUCGACACACAUGCACGACAUGGUGCCCGGCCAGCGCCUCGAUGUGAAGGGGCCCCUGCCCAAGUACCCGUGGACUGCCAAUAAGCAUGACCAUAUCGCCCUCAUUGCCGGCGGCACUGGCAUCACGCCCAUGUACCAGCUCUGCCGCGCCAUCUUCAGCAACCCGGCCGACAAGACCAAGGUGACGCUUGUCUUUGGCAACAUCGCCGAAGAGGACGUCCUGCUCAAGCAGCAGCUCGCCGACCUCGAGAACACGUACCCCCAGCGCUUCCGCGCCUUCUACGUGCUCGAGAAGCCCCCCAGCUCUUGGGCCGGAAACAAGGGCUACAUCACCAAGGAGCUGCUCAAGACCGUCCUGCCCGAGCCCAAGGAGGAGAACGUCAAGCUCUUUGUCUGCGGUCCUCCCCCUAUGAUGAAGGCCAUCUCCGGCCCCAAGACCAGCCCCAAGGACCAAGGUGACCUCGUCGGCAUCCUCAAGGACCUCGGUUACUCCCAGGACCAGGUGUACAAGUUCUAG